AUGUCAGAUUUCGGCCUGAAUCUAAACACUGUUUCGUCCGUUGCGGCCGAGAUUUCAGCACCAGCUGAGGUGGACAGAGCCUGCGCGGACUGCGACUCGCAAACUCCUCCAGCUUCAAGAGCAGACUUCACUCAUCCGCCCCCAUUCACUCCUCUGCAUCAGUCACUCCUACACGCCGGCUCCGGAGGCCUCGGCACGGUCCUGGAGGAAGAACUGGCCAUGCUUACGCGGGAACGGGAAGAAGAACUGGUCAUAAACGAACAGGACACAGAUCUUGUAGCGCUCUUCCGGCAGAAAGAGAAGGACUUGGUUCUGGCUGCAAAACUCGGGAAAGCGUUGCUCGAGAGAAAUCAGGACCUCACGAAGCAAUAUGAAAAAAUGACCAAGGAACUGAACGAAAAGCUAGAGAUUCUGGAGCAGGAGAAGCAUGAGUUGCAGCAACGCUUGGAGAGACGAGAAGGCGAGUGGGAGAGUCGUGUGGCUGAGCUGGAGACUGAUCUUCAGCAGCUCAAGUGUGAGCUGGAGAAGCACAAGGUACAGCUGCGUGAGGCUGAUCGGGACAAGACCCGCACCAUUACCGAACUCUCAGAACAAAACCACAGUCUGCUCGAGCAGCUGAACAGAGCUGCUGAUGUGGAGAGACAGCUGUGCACUCAGGUCCAUUCACUGAGGGAUGAUUUCAGAGAGAAGAACAUCUCCAAAAACCAACACAUGACACAACUAGAGAGCCUACAAGCACAGGUAGGGCUUGAGAUAAGGAUGCUGUCUGAGCGCAAGCAGGAACUUGAGCAAUGUUUAACCACAUUGCAUGAGGAGAAUGAACAGCUGCACAGCACUGCUGACAACUGGAAAGAGCAGACACUUGUGUUGGAGAAGUUAUGCCACGAGAAGGACUUGCAGCUGCAGCAGAGUCAGUUGGAGCUGCAGGAGGUGUGUGUGUCUCAUCGGCAGUUAAGUGCCCGUUUGGCAGAGAUGACUGAGGAGAAAAGUCUCCAGGGCUUCAGCUCUAACAGUCACUCACUGCUGUGUGAGAUAGAGCAGAGCAUGGAGCAGGAGGAGCUCGAGCAGGAGAGAGAGCAGUUGCGUCUGCAGCUAUGGGAAGCUUAUUGCCAGAUUCGCUCUAUCUGCUCCCAGCUGAGAGGAAAUGACAUCACAGACUCUGCCCUGUCCACGGAUUCAUCUAUGGAUGAGUCAUCAGAAACAUCAUCAGCUAAAGAUGUGCCUAUGGAUAGCUUGCAGUCCAGUCUACUUGAGCUGCGGAGACUUGCACAAAACCUGCUGGAUAGCAAUGAGUCUACAGGAUCACGCCGCAGUGAUGAGGAUGUGCUGGAAGAGCAGGUGCGGAAACUGAGUGAGGAACUGCGAGAAGCACGAGAGCAUUAUGAACAGGAGCAGGAAAGAGUACAGAGCACUCAGGAAGACAUGCUGAAACUCCAUAAUCAGAUUGCACUUCUCUCCUUAGAGGUCUGCUCAUCACAGGAGGAGAAUAAGAGACUAAGAGUGUCGGAGGUUCGAGAACCAAGUGAACAACUACAAAAUGCCAUUCGAGACCGAGAUGCUGCCAUCGCCAAAAAGAAAGCAGUGGAGAUGGAGUUGGCGAAGUGUAAGGUAGACAUUAUGUCUCUGAACAGCCAGCUCCUUGAUGCUAUCCAGCAGAAGUUUAAUCUGUCCCAGCAGUUAGAAGCCUGGCAGUUUGCCUCCUCAGGGCUGUUCACUGUGUGGCUCUUGUGGUUUCUGAUCUAG